AUGGAUGUUCAGGCGCUCGGGAAGCGGCUGCUGGAAGUUCAGGGGAUGGAGAAGCGGUUGCUGGAGUUCAGGGGCUCGGGAAGCGGCUGCUGGAGUUCAGGGGAUGCAGAAGAGAAGCGGCUGCCGGAGUUCAGGGGCCGGGGAGCGGCGGAGCUGCGGUGCCGGGGCCGGGCUCCCCCGCAGCAAUUCUCUGUCCAUCUCCUUCAGCACAGCGCCGGCUGGCGAGGCAGCAGCUCCGUCUCCAUCUCCCGGAGCCCAGGCUUGGCUAGCGGCCGAGCAGAGCCGCCCCUUCCUCCCACGGACACGUCCCAACAACCUGUUUCCAGGAUGGGGGCGGCUCCAGCCCCGGAGAUGCGGCACCGGCACCGGGACAGCGACGGGCGGAGCGCGGGGCCGGGCGGGCUCGGCCGCUCCCAGCGCAGCCGGAGACAGGAGCCAGAUGGGUUCCCACCCCCUGGAACCCCUCGGGGGGGGAGCAGCCCUUCCCUGAGGGCUGCCCUGCCCCGGGCAGGCACUCCCAGGAUCAACACAGCGAAUUCCUUGCUGCAGGCACAGGUGGAGGCACAUCCUGGCUGGCUCCUGGUGUGCCAUGGGCACUGGGAUCCCUCCCUGGGCACCCUGCUCUGCCAGCAGCUCGGGUACCUCAGUGUGACCCAGCAGCAGGGAGUGGAGCUGGCGGGUGUGCAGGUGAGUGCUGGGCAGCAGUUCCUGCAGGUGAGGCCCCGGCAGCGAGGCAGCCUGGAGGACAUGUGGCAGGUCAGGAGCAGCUGCCAAUCUGGCCGAAUUGUGGCUCUGCAGUGCUCAGAGUGUGGGCUGCAGGCAGGGGCUGGCAGGGUGGUGGGGGGCACAGACGUGUCCCCUGGGCGCUGGCCCUGGCAGGUCAGUGUGUGCCAGGGCUCCCAGCACCGCUGUGGGGGCUCUGUGCUGGCCCCCGAGUGGAUCCUCACGGCAGCUCACUGCGUGCACAGGCAGCUGCCAGCCCCAGCCUGGCAGGUUUUUGCAGGAAUUGUCACCCGCAGCUCCCUCGGGCCCGAGGCUGGGGUGCCCGUCCGGGAAAUCAUCUCCCACCCGCUCUACAACGACAGCAGCCUCGACUACGACAUCGCCCUGAUGAGGCUCCAAGUGCCCCUCAACUUCUCAGGUGCCAUCCGAGCCGCGUGCCUGCCGCCCUCCCGGCAGGACCUGCUGCAGGGCACGCAGUGCUGGGUGUCAGGCUGGGGCUACACCACACCUGGCCAAGCACAGGUGGCUGGGACGCUGAAGGAGGCCCUGGUGCCCCUGAUUGGCACCCGGAGGUGCAACAGCUCAUGUGUGUACAAGGGUGAGCUGACAGCCAGGAUGCUCUGUGCAGGACACCUGCAGGGACACGUGGACGCCUGCCAGGGGGACAGUGGGGGGCCCCUGGUGUGCUGGGAUGGCUCCAUGUGGCGCCUGGUGGGAGUUGUGAGCUGGGGCCAGGGCUGUGCUGAGCCCAACCACCCCGGGGUCUACACCAACGUGGCUCAGCUGCUGCCCUGGAUCCACCAGGUGACCCAGAUGCACUAG